UAAAUUAAUCGAACCAUCCAUUAAGAGGGCGGAUGAUAUUUGCAAGGUGGCGGACGGUCGUGGUGCAGAAUCCCACAGAUCAUAAUGAUUCGCUUCAUCCUGAUCCAGAACCGUGCCGGCAAGACGCGGCUGGCCAAGUGGUACAUGUCCUUUGACGACGAUGAGAAACAGAAACUGAUCGAGGAAGUGCAUGCCCUGGUCACAGUCAGAGAUGCCAAGCACACCAACUUUGUAGAAUUUCGUAAUUUCAAGAUUGUUUAUAGAAGAUAUGCGGGUCUCUACUUCUGCAUAUGCGUGGAUGUUGGCGAUAACAAUUUAUCAUACUUGGAGGCAAUACAUAACUUUGUAGAGGUGCUUAACGAAUAUUUCCACAAUGUCUGCGAGUUGGACCUGGUCUUCAACUUUUACAAAGUGUAUUCCGUGGUGGAUGAGAUGUUCCUUGCCGGGGAGAUCCGAGAAACAAGCCAAACAAAAGUCCUCAAGCAAUUAACCAACUUGUCGCAGCUGGACUGAAAGGGCUUUAUACAUUUGGAACUUAGCAGAUUUAACUCUUUUUAUUGGAGGGGGGGGGGUAGUA